GUUAUCCCCCUUUGCUACCCUUCACCUUGGUUUAGCCUCGUUUGGAGAACUCCAACUCCAUCACCAUGUUCUCCCGGACAGCUCAAGUUUUCGUUCCACAAUGCACGCAAGUGCGUGGAAUGGCAACAUUGAAGGAAAUUCGACUGCGUUUGAAGUCUAUCACAAACAUCCAGAAAAUUACAAAAUCCAUGCAGAUGGUGUCCGCUGCAAAGUUUGCCAAAGCAGAAAAAGAACUUCAACCAGCGAGGCUGUAUGGAGAAGGAGCAAAAGCUUUUUAUGAACAUACUGAAGUAGCAGCUCCAGAAAGUGCAGAGGCCAAGGUCUUGUUGGCUAUGACGUCCGACAGAGGGCUGUGUGGUGCCUGUCAUUCAAACAUUGCCAAGAGCAUCAAGGCAGAGAUGACUAAUGAAAAAGUAGCCGCAGCAUCCAAGCUUGUAUUGGUGGGAGAUAAGGCCAAGGCUAUUCUACAAAAGCCUUUUGCAAAAAAUAUGUUGCUAUCAUUCAAUGAUAUUGGAAAAAAACCACCACUGUUUCAAGAUGCCGCCACUGUAGCUCAGUCCAUCCUGGACUCUGGUUUCAAAUUUGAUGUCACCACCAUGUAUUACAACGUCUUCAAAACGGUUGUUUCCUAUGAUACCAAACAGCUACCAUUAUUUACCCCUGCUACGGUAUUUGCUUCCAAAAACAUCAUGCAGUAUGAUAGUGUUGAUCAAUUGACCCUGGCCUCUUACAACGAGUUUACCAUGGCUAACUUGAUCUAUUAUGGAAUGAAGGAGUCCGCCUGUAGUGAACAGAGCUCUAGGAUGACAGCUAUGGAUGGUGCAAGCAAAAAUGCUGGUGAAAUGAUUGAUUCGCUGACACUGACCUUCAACAGAACUAGGCAGGCUGUCAUUACAAGGGAACUCAUAGAAAUCAUCUCAGGUGCCGCUGCUCUAUAACGACAAGUUUUUCACUGGUACCAGUGUGUCUGGGAAGAUUUUAACUGUGUACAUGCAUCACUUCUUAGUAGUGUGACUCAGUACGAAUACAAAUGAUCAGCAGCAUCAAAAAGACCCAGAAAAUAACAAUUUUUUGACUUGACCGAUUUCUGGAAUUUUGUUUAUAAACAUUUAUUUAAAAGUGUGAUGUGUUGAAAGGACUAAAGAGCAGUUUAUUUGUGAAAAAAACUAGUGAAGUAAAGUUGAAAGUAUAUUUAU